AUGGCAGACUCCGAAGUGCGCAAGCGCAAGACUAAGACCGACGAAUCCGAGAAGAAAUCCAAGGUCUACAAGAACACCGAUGUCGACGAUGAAACCUCGUCGAACAAGUGGCUUGAUGCCCUCCGAGGCCUGACCUUCCUGCUACUCGCCUCAUGCGCUCUCAGUUAUAUGAUUUCAAGCGGUAACAGCUUCAUGUGGGGGAAGAGACCGCACUAUCUGACGGUCGAUUAUUGGAAGGCACAGCUGAAAGGACCCAUCUACCUCACCCCCGAGGAGCUGGCCGCAUUCGAUGGCCAAGACCCCGAGAAGCCCCUAUACAUCGCCCUCAACGGCACCAUCUUUGACGUGUCCAACGGUCGCCGCAUCUACGGGCCCGGAGGCUCCUACAACUGGUUCGCUGGUGUCGAUGCUGCGCGAGCAUUCGUUACUGGCUGUUUCGCUGAGGACCGCACGCCCGACAUGCGCGGUGUUGAGCUGAUGUACCUACCUCUUGACGACCCAGAGGUCGACUCACACUGGACGGCGGCGGAGCUGGAGGAACUGAAGGCCAAGGAGCUGGAGGAUGCCCACCAAAAGGUACACGCCGCGUUGGACCAUUGGGUGCAGUUCUUUGGUAAGAGCACCAAGUACACCAAGGUUGGCUACGUCAAGAGACCCGAGGGAUGGCUGGAAGCAUUGGAGCCCCGAGAGCUGUGCAAACAAGCUGCAAAGGGAAGAUCGAAGAGAAAGGUUCCCAAGAAGUAA